UGAUUAAUUAAGAGAAGAUGAUAGCAACUAACGAAUAUCAUGCGUUACAACGCAAAAACCGAAAGAAUAAAAGUGAAAUGCAAGCGUCUCAAGAAAUGGUCAAUGCUUUUGACAAGAUAAGUGAGUCUGUAAGGAGAGCUCAUAAUGUUAACCGAUGUCAACAGGAUCAUCUCCACAACAAAGUAUCGACAUUAGAAAACGAACAUCGAAAAUCCAUGGGUUUACUGGCACAUGAACAGAAACGAUUCAUUCGGACGCGAAAGUCUUCAAAUAUCCCACUCAGACCAGAACACAAGAUGUCAAACUUUAGCGUGGCGACUGGAAAGGACGGCAUAAAGACAUCAUUUUGGUUACCCUCACUUGUGAAUGAAUAUCAUCUCCAGGAUGACGAUUAUGGUUCUGUCGAGAGCUUUAAACGACAUGCGUUGAAUAGAAAAGGAUUUGUUGGUUCAAAACAUCGGAAUUCAGUACAAAGGCAAGACAUUACUAAACGUAUUCACUUGCCGUCAAUACAUGAAACGCAAUUAAACAAAGCGGGGCAGUUAAAAGAAAAAGAUGUUAUCGAAUCUAGGCGAGGUCCCGCAGAUAAAUGGACGUCCAGAAAUGCGGAUGUCAGGAGAGAUACUAUAGACAAACAACAGUAUGUCGCGUCGUGGGACAUAAGUGCAAAUGAAAAAACUUCUAAAACGACUGGUAAAAGUUACAACAAUUUAGACAAAACACCAUUAACACUUAAUAAUUCUCAGCUAUGCAUGGAUGAAUCAACCUCUACAAAGCCAAAGACACACGCUUACUGCAAUGACAAAACGAUUGCUGAGAAUCCUGAUGGGGAUUCCAACACGGCUUUCAGCGUAAGAAGCAAGAAUAGUACAAAGAAGGAAUAUCCAAGCCUAUCAAAGAAGAAAUUCCAUUUGGUUCGUAGUAGCACAAACACAACGAGUGAACUUGAAUCAAUUUUAGAUAAGACAACAGAAAUCCGAGUUAAGCAAUUCCUCAAAUUACCCCCAAUAGGAGGAAUACAUGAAAGUCCGUCGCUGGAACAACCACAUAGCGACGCUAAAAAUCUGAAAUCAGAGUCACUCGGCAACAGAAGAUCAAGUCAAGUUAACCUGGAUAUUUCUCUGGAUAUGCGGAGACGAAGACCUAAAAGUUCAUUGUGGAAAAAUCUUGUUCAUUGUAGGUAUUUACGUUUAGGAGAACAACAUGUCCAUGAGCACGGAAUUACGAACAAGAAAUGUGAGUGCAACUGGUGUGCUAUGAUGAGAAAAUCAGAAACGUGAUCAGAAAAUGCUGAUUGGCAAUCGCUCAUUAGUUUUAUGUUCGACCGAGUAGGUGAACGAAUAAAAUCCUUGAAGAAAUGUAUUUCAAGGAAAACGUGUGUUUAUAAUACUUUAAUAAUGCAAAAUAUCUUAAACGGGUGGUUAGUAUUCAGAAAUAAACUGAGUAGUUUUCAAGUCUGACCUACUUGAAAAUAUUCAAAAAUGGUCGAAGUUACGAGCGAAGGACCUUCGUAAGGAGAUAAGGCCGUGGUUUGGGUUUCAACUUCGAAUUGGAGAAAUAAUAACACUUCGACGUUUCCAGCAAAGGUUUCAUCCUUACGAUAAGGGCUACUUUCAAUUCUGUCGGAACAUCGACGUGUUUUUCAGUUAGUUCAGGCAGGGCGUAGUAAAUCAGGGUUCUCCCAGGACGUAGCUUCCUAUUGCCUACGAUUGACACUAUUUAUUAUCUGGAAAAUUCCCUACGGCUACGUGUAUAAAUAUUAAAGCGUAUAAAGUC